UAAAACGUACGGUAGUCCUCGCACGCAGCUCAAACUGCUCGCAGCAUCGCGAAGGUAAACAUUGUAAAUCGUAUAACUUGUAUAGUUACCUAUAUGUGUGUAUGUGUGCGCGUACGUUUACUUUGUAUAAGGUUCGUUGCUUAUUUUUUUCUGGCAAACAAUAAAUAAUACAAAUUAGUAAAAAUUAAAAUAAUAAUAAUAAUGAAACCGGCAAGCACGCGCUAUGUAACGUUUUAAUGAAUUAAACAUUCAGUUAACCGACUAGUGUCCGGCUGUUACUUAUUCGUUUGUUGAACUCAAGAGCAUUCGGUGUACGGUGAUACUGUUUUAUCGGACGAAAAAAACGACCGUUCGGAUUGCGGCGGGUUCUACGACAAAAAGGAAGAUCUGAACAAAAAAAAAAUCUCUCCCCCCAAAAAAGAAGCAGACAAAAUGUUCAACCAUACCGGAAAUCUGCUUUUACAGACUAUGCUGUACUUGGCGCAGACGGACAACAUAACGUUCCCGGCAAAUUACACAGACAGCGUGAACAACAUUACCCUAGAAGGCGACAACGUUGAAGUGAAGUGCUAUGGCGAGUACGGGUGUUUUUCGGUUGUCGGCUUGUGGCAGGACACCACGAGACCGGUAAACGUAUUUCCGGAAAGACCGGAAAAGGUCUCACCCCGAUAUUGUUUGCACACUCGCAGAAAUCGUCAGAACUGUCAGUGGUUGAACCACAAAGACCCUAGCUCGAUUUACGGGUCCAAUAUGAUACCGUCUAUGCCCACGUACUUUAUUACUCACGGGUUCUUAGAGGGUGGCGAUCGACCCUGGUUGAAGGAAAUCGCCAAGCAAAUAUUGAACAGGAACGAUGCCAACGUCAUCAUCAUCGACUGGGAAGGAGGAUCCAGCCCGCCGUACACUCAAGCUGUAGCUAACAUACGACUUGUCGGCCGGAUAACCGCUCAUCUCAUCAAUGUCAUAUGGAAAGAGCUGGGAAUACACGCGACCAACAUCCAUCUAGUUGGACACAGUCUUGGCUCACAUCUGUCCGGCUACGUGGGCAGCGUUUUGCAGUCCAACUUCGGUUUAACUCUGGGCAGGAUAACCGGCUUAGAUCCGGCGGAACCGCACUUCAGCCAAACCGACCCUAUUGUCCGACUGGAUCCUUCGGACGCCCUUUACGUGGAUAUUAUACAUACGGAUUCGCAACCCUUUAUCAAGGGCGGUGAACUAGGUUUGGGAAUGAGUCAACCGUUAGGUCAUCUGGAUUUUUAUCCCAAUGGCGGGGAAAACCAACCUGGGUGCGAUCAGGGCAUGAUGAAGUACAUAUCUCGCGAAAACGGAAGUUUCUACCAGGGCAUGAGAAGAUUUUUGGCUUGCAACCACGUCAGAGCGCACGAGUUUUUCAAUGAAUCGAUCAACUCGGUGUGCAACUUCAUAGCCAUUGAAUGCGAUUCGUACGAAGAUUUUUUGAAUGGAGAAUGUUUCUCAUGCCUCAGCGAAUCGAACCCAGAAGGAAGAGUAUGUGCCGAAAUGGGAAUGCGGUCUUUAGCGCAUUGGAGAAAACAUGCGCCGGCGAUUGCCGCUGUCGACGCUAACACAAUGCCACACCUGCGGUUGUACACUAUCACCAACGACGAAGCACCUUAUUGCUCGUUUUUAUACCGGGUGACGUUAACGUUAGCGGAUUCUCAAGUGAGUAGAGACCACGGUGGCGAAAUAGGACAUUUCUUCGUGCAACUGGAAGGCACCAAAGCCAAAUCAAAAAUGUUAAACGUAUUCAAAGAACAACAUUUCAAACCGGGUAGCGUUCAUCGACGGGUAUUCGGAUCCAUACAGGUGGGAGACAUUAAAUCCGUGUUGCUCUUGUGGAACCAUUCGACCACGAUGAAUAUAUUGACUUGGCGAUUCGAAGCUCCUUUGGUAUACGUCGAGUCGCUCACUAUUGAAACGUUUAACGGAGGCCAAAAAAUUCAACUAUGUCCACCGAAAGCGGUACCACUAGAAGCUGGACUGUCAUUCAGGAUGUCGCCGUGUUCCAGCUAAUAGAUCAAUGAGCAGUACCAAAGUUAUACACACUGAAUAGAAAUAUUGUGUGACACAGCAGGAGGAAAUCAGCUAGAAAAUGUUUAAGAAAACACCUAAGGUCUCAUUUUAUCAUCUUGUAAUUGUAUUUAUUGUAUCAAAGUCAUGUGUAUACUUUUUAUAAUUUGUUUAUGUAUAAAUCAGAUCACUCGGUCAACCAUUGUGCCCUUUUAUGUCAAUCAUAUAAUAUUUUUAUUACAAUAUUAAACUUAGUGAUUUAAAGAUAAAA